AUGACGACAUCAAAUCUUUACAAGCUGUUCAAUAAAAACGUAGCAGCGACGGAUCAUGACGAAAACAAUAAUACGCUUCUUAACGGAAACCUACAACCGCCUCACAAUGAAACCGACGAUGGCAUAGAAUUUGGCAGCAACAACAACUACUAUACGAUGCAAAAGUAUUAUUUGGGAGCAACAACAGCUACUAGAACUCUGAAGCACCAUGAUCGACUGUUCGUCGGUUAUGGCGACGAGAAAUCCGAUGAUACGAGCAAUACUUUGGCAUCAAUGAGCCCUGACAAAGCGAUCAUUUCACUUGAGCAGCGAAGAAUUUUUCCUCGGGUCGAUUUUGUGCGACGUUUGCCACGCGAGCUGGUGUACGAGAUUUUCUGCUACAUUAAUUUCCUUGGUUUUGCGACAUGUACCCACGUCAGUAAAGCAUGGCGAGCGAUUCUGAUGAAUGACGUUUGGGCACGACGAUUUACUAGUUUCUGCUCCGCAUACCCGUUCAACAAGCUAACUCCAGAAGAGCAAAGAUUAAUACGUCAUGGAUUAUCACGUGAAAGGCAACAGCGACGCGGGCAAGAGGACACUACUACUAUGGUUGUUAUAAGGGCGCAGACCUAUGAUCGGACUCGGGCGCUCGUCGCUAUGGGCAAUUGUGGGUUGCAUGCAGUUGACCUCAAUGGCUCUCUGGACGAUGCAGAAACAGUGGUCCGAGCAAAUCAAAAGACUCUCAAGGAGCUAAAUGUUUCAAUUUUGAUGUCGUCACCAUCGUCUCUUCAAUCCAUGUACCCAAUAUUGACGGCAAUAGCAAGCUCGAAGAUAUCGAAACUAUGUCUCACUGUCCCGUUUAACUUGAGUUCUAGUGAUCGUUGUCCUGACGGUGUAGAGAACAAUAGCAGUACGGUGGAAGCUCAACAGCAGCUUAUGCCACUAUUAGUCGAUAUUCGUAUCAAUGGAUAUUCUUCCACGGAACUUAGGCUUAACGUCAUUCGAUUUUUUCUAACGCAUUGUCCUUAUAUCAAAUCUCUUACUGCCCAUCCAAUCAUACCGCGUAUGCCCGACAUAGAAGAAGAGUUAAAUAGCAUCGAGAAGCUUGCUCCAGUUUCCUUGCAAACCCUCAUCGUUUAA